GUCUCCCUCCAUACGAGUGGAAUACAUAAAUAUAUUUGUGCCAGCAUCGAAAGGAAGAUACGAUGACAAGAUAUACGUAUAGAGAUAAGUGUGUGUUAACUUCUUUUGGUUUUCAGGAACUUUGUGUCGUUUUUGUCUUCCUUCUUGAUCUUCAAGGAAUUCCAUUGUUGAAGAACACUUUAUCAUCGGAGAAAGUAACUUUUAAGCUCUCGCGCUCUUUCCUAUAUUGUUGUUGCGGUUAUUGUUGAUGUGUGAACUGCUGCUGUCUUUGUUUUGAGUCAGUCCAGCAGAUAUCUUACUAUAGUAGUCAACAAGAUCAGCAACAGGUGAGAGAGAGAAAGAGAGAGACAGAGAGAAGGGGAAGGAGAGAGAAAGAGGUUCACACACACACACAUCAAUUAACUAAGAAAAAAGUUUCCGAGUCGGCAUUUUUGGGUGGAGUCAGGUGGAUAUAUAAAACCGUGUACCCUCAAGCGAGAGUUACUUAAAUGAUACCCUUUACAAGUGUUGUCAUUCACUCGCGCGAAUCAAUCACCUGGGUACGAGCGGAUUUUUUUUUAAUACUGUAACAGCUUGCUUGUGUUACUCGGCUGGUUAAUCAACAGGUAAAAACACACCUGCGCGCAAGCGCGGAAUACCAACUAAGAUAUCCAGUCAAUGCCACGUUAGAUGAAUUCAUCCAAUCAGGUAGGGUCUUAUUCAAAAGAAGUUGGGCGACUGGUAAUGUGGCACUCUUAAUACAAAACACCUUCUUAGCAAAAACACCAAGAGUCAAGACUGGCUUCUGUAGUGUUUUGGGGGUUUUUUUCUCCUCUCUUUUCUUCCUCUUAGUUUUUUCCCUGUUCAUCUCCCUCGGCUCCGUAAAAGGAUGGCUACCUCACAUAUCUUAGCUUUAUUUUGUGCCACAACUGGGAAAAACUGCGAAGAGCUGGGUGUUGACGAAGAACAAAUUGUGCUGCUGGUCUAUUUACUCUAUGAUGUCACCAACAAUAAGGUGGUUGCGCUACAACAACAUUUCGUGAAGCCCCAACCAAAUGAAAUUUCGGAAACUUUACUAACCGAAGAUUGUAAAACAGAGACAGGUCUUGAAGAAGAGGUUAUCAAAAACUCACAGCCCUUAGAACAUGUUCUCGACGAGAUGGAUCGAUUUUUAUCAGCGAAGGGAGUGCAUCCUGACCAUGGAGGGAAAUCUUUCACAAUAUGUGCAGAUGGACAAGCUCACCUACGCCAAUGUCUGCAUCCAGAAUGUAGUAAAAAGAACAUUAAUUUACCAAAAUACAUGUAUAAGUUUUAUGACCUGAGGAAAGAAUUCAGGAAAUUUUACAGAACUGAAGCUACCGGAAUCAAGUCAAUGCUUGAACAUUUGGGACUGAAACCAGAUCAGUCUGUGGAAUAUGGUGUCCAUCAAUGCCAGGAGAUGGCAAGCAUUUUACACAGAAUGGUAACAAGUGGUCAUUCAUUUGGAACUGCAGAAAUGAUUAAAGAACAUUUGGAACCAGGAAUAUGUACACUCUGUAAAGUGGUCGAUGAUUAUUAUUAUUAUCGUUAUCAUUAUUAUUAUUAUCAUUAUUAUUAUUAUUAUUAUUAUCAUUUGUUUUCCUUAUGUAGAGGCGGUGUGGCACUUUGUCUUAGUCAACAAGGUCGGCGAAAUGGAGAAGCUUUGAUUUGGUUUGAAAGUGAAGAACAUCGAGAUCUUGCUAUGAAGCGACACAAACACCACAUUGGCCAACGUUACAUUGAAGUUUAUAAAUCAACUGGCAAAGAUUUCAUCAAUGUGGCUGGAGGAAAUAAUCUUGAAGCUCAAGCAUUUUUAUCCAGAGGAGGACAAGUGAUUAUCCGAAUGCGCGGAUUACCUUUCACUGCAACUGUACAACAAGUGCUGGAAUUUUUUACCCGAGAACCUAAUCCUUGCAAUGUCCUGGAUGGAGAAGAAGGCAUCCUGUUUGUCUAUUACCCAGAUGGUCGAUCGACUGGAGAUGCCUUUGUUUUAUUCAGUUCAGAAGAAGAAGCUUCCAAGGCACUUAAGAAACACCGGGACACGAUGGGAACACGCUACAUCGAGCUGUUCAAAAGCACAAUGGCCGAAGUACAGCAGGUGCUAAACCGUAGCAUGGACCCAAGGAACCCUGAACAACAGGAAACUACUCUUCCACCACUGAUAGCCACACAUCCAACGUCUGGGCCUUUGGUGCCGCACAACAUGAUUUCUGCAUCUCGCAAGCGCGACUGCAUACGGUUACGAAACCUUCCCACUGGGGCCCACGUCACUGAUAUCUUGACUUACCUUGGGGAAUAUUCCCAAUUUAUUGUUUAUCAAGGAGUUCAUAUGGUUUAUGGUGCUAAUGGUGAACUUUCUGGAGAAGCUUUCAUCCAAAUGAACUCUGAAGAUUCAGCACACAUCACAGGCAUCAACAAACACAAAAAACCUAUGAUUUUUUCUAACAAGAAGCGUGUCAUAGAUGUCAUUCAGUGCUCUGCAGACGACAUGAACCUUGUCUUGGCCAACGGCGUCCCAACCAUUCUUCCAUCUCAUCCCCCCAUAAUGCCACGUCCAAUGUUUGCACCUCCACAUGGCACUUCUCUCAUUCCAACACCAAAUGCACUUACAGGAGUAAUUCCUUACAGUCCUAUUCCACAAACUGUACCUUCUUUUCCCCAUCCAACUUUGGCACACUUGCCUCCACGACCUUCAUAUUACCCUCCUGUCUUUUACUGGUACCCAAGUCCACCCGUUUCCCCACAGACCUACUAUGCUCAAAAUGGUCCAUCUGUUGUUGUAAUGAGAGGGCUUCCCUAUAACUCAUCUGUCCAAGACAUUGUCAACUUCUUCCAAGGGUUCCCUGAGCAGAGUUCGUCAAGAAACUCACAGGUACAUGUCACACUUCUAUUACAAAUUGCUUGCUUUGCAUGUUUCUUGGGUGUAGUGAAGCUUUUUUCUGUUCUUCAAAGUAGAUUUUUGUCCAUUCUAACAUUUUUAAAGCAAAACAAAACAAAAGAAAAUAAUAAUGAUAAGGUAAUCUUA